GCUCAUGGAAGUCGCACAAUGAAAUAAACACAUAUUACAGCAUACAACAUUUACAGGGGAAAAAAAGGACAGAGAAUAAUAUUUUUUUUUUGUUGGUAGCAAAUGAAAUAAACUGUAGAAGAAUUCAGAAACGUUCAUCCUAACCCACGCUCCAGCUCAGCAGGUGGCGAUAUACCUUAGACGUGUUUGCAACGAAAUGACGCAUUAAUCCACCGAAGAGGAAAAUAAUGAAUUUGCUCAACUCGAACUGAUUCAACAAGCAGUGAGAAAUGGAGGUGGAAUGCUUUGUGUCCAAGACCCUAGAGCUCCUUCAGGAGGAGAGAGAAGCAGAGAUCGAGGAGACCAAGCUAUGGCAGGAGAAUGUCUCUCUGAAAGAUCUCCAGAGUAAAGGCGUUUGUCUCCUGAAGCUGCAGAUAGGAAGCCAGUCAACUGGCCUUUAUGGACGAUCACUCCUCCUUCUGGAACCCAGAAAGCACAUGGGUGUCUCUGUGCUGCCUAGCAACAACUUUGGUCCCGGAGACAUAGUGGGUCUGUAUGACCUGGAUGGCUGUAAGCCGUCCUCCCAGCUGUGCACUGGUGUCGUGACCCGCAUCAGUCAGUCAGCUGUCACCGUGGCCUGUGAGGACUCGCCGGACGGACUCAACCUGGACACAGACGCUCUGUACAACCUCAUGAAGCUGGCUAACGAUGUCACGUACAAACGCAUGAAAAAGGCCUUGAACACUCUGAAUGGGUACAGCAGUGGACCAGCCUCGGAUUUGAUCAGCGUUCUCUUUGGCUAUUCAGAACCUGGCUCGAUAUCACAACCAAAUGAUCUGUCUUUCCUGAACAGUGGUCUGGAUGAGUCUCAGAGACAGGCGGUGUCCUUUGCUCUGUCUCAGAGAGAGGUAGCUGUAAUACACGGGCCACCAGGCACCGGCAAGACAACCACUGUGGUGGAAAUCAUCCUACAAGUGGUCAAACGGGGACAGAAGGUCCUGUGCUGUGCUGGUUCUAACGUGGCCGUGGAUAACCUGGUUGAGCGCCUGGCUAAGGCCAAAGCUAAGGUCCUGAGACUGGGCCACCCUGCCCGCCUGCUAGAGUCCAUUCAGAAACACUCGCUAGACGCCGUCCUCGCUCACAGUGACAACACCAACAUCAUCGCCGACAUACGCAAAGACAUCGACAAAGCUUUUAUGGGGAUGAAGAAGAUGAAUGACAAACGAGAUCGGAUCCACCUGAAGAGGGAGGUAGGAGAGCUGAGGAAAGAGCUGAGGACCAGGGAAGCUACAGCCAUUGCUGAGGUCCUCAAACGUGCUGAUGUUGUUCUAGCCACUAACACAGGUGCUAAUGAUGGUGGCCCUCUGAAGAACCUACCUGUAGACCAUUUUGACUGGGUGGUGAUCGAUGAGUGUGCCCAGGCGUUGGAGAGCUCCUGCUGGAUCGCUCUGCUCCGAGGCAGGAAGUGUAUCCUGGCUGGAGAUUACAAGCAGCUGCCACCCACCAUCAAGUCUCACACGGCUGCAUCUAAAGGCCUGUCUGUCAGCCUGAUGGAGAGGUUGAUCCUGAAGUAUGGCGACUCCGUAGUCAGGAUGCUGACAGUGCAGUACCGUAUGAACAGUAACAUCAUGACCUGGGCCUCAGAACAGAUGUACCAGGGUCAACUCGUCGCACACAGCUCAGUGGAGAAACACCUGCUCAAAGAUCUCCCAGGAGUAGCCAGUGUUGAAGAGACCAGCACCCCUCUCCUCCUCAUAGACACAGCAGGCUGUGGACUUAGUGAGAUGGAGGUGGCAGACGAACAGUCCAAAGGAAACCAAGGUGAGGUGGACAUUGUGGAACUGCACAUCAAAGCGUUGACUGAAGCUGGGGUGAAACCUAAAGACAUCGCUGUUAUUGCCCCUUACAAUCUGCAGGUGGAUCUCCUGCGUCAGCGUCUCUCAGCGAGACAUCCUGAUCUGGAGAUCAAGUCUGUAGACGGCUUCCAGGGUAGAGAGAAGGAGGCUGUGGUGCUGACCUUGGUCAGAUCUAACAGGAAAGGUGAGAUAGGGUUCUUAGCUGAAGACCGGAGGAUCAACGUGGCGGUGACUCGAGCCAGACGUCACCUGGCCCUGGUGUGUGACACGCAGACCGUCCAGACCCACGGCUUCCUCAAGACCCUCAUCGAUCACAUGACCCAGCACGGCGACGUACGCACCGCCUUUGAGUACCUGCAGGACAUUGUGCCCCAGAACUACACCAGAGACCACCGAGAUACCAAGUCUAACAACACUAAAGCUACCGCUAGCAACUCCGCCUCCAACAAGCAGAAGGGCAGAGGCCAGGCUGGGAGCAAGGUGGAGCCAGGACACAAGAGGACCUCUGGGGGUAACAAGACCCAGGGAGGAGAGCCCCAGACAGGUUCAGAUCCCGGCACACACAGCCAAGCCAGACGUUCCACCCCCACAGAGGAGGAGCAGAGACUGACACAGAUAAAAUACCUGGAGAUCAAGAACCAGGUGGAGUGGUUUCUCCAGGACCCAGACCAGACGGAGCUACGGUUUCCCUCGACCCUCAACUCCCACGACCGCCUGCUCGUACACCAGGUUGCAGAGGAGCUGGGCCUGAACCAUGAGAGCCAGGGAGAGGGAAAGGAUAGAUGCAUCACUGUCUCCAGACCCCCAACAGGGUCUAACGAGGCUGGGGAAGAAGAGGAGCAACAAGCCCAAGAACCAUCAGCCGUCCGGGAGGAAGAGAGUGUUACAGGGCCUCCUGUAGGGCAACCGGCAGCAGAUCUCAAGACUUUACAUCUGGAACGAAUGAGACGGGAGCAGAAGAAGAGGGAGCAGAAGAUGGAGCAGGAGAAGCAUCUAGAUACCAUCCGUACAGCAGGACAGACUCAGACUGCUAAGAAGACCAAGGCAAAAGGAAAGACCAAAAAGACCAAAGCGGGGGCCUGUGAGAUCGCUGCGGCUGCGACGGCGGCUGAUGAUUUUGACACCCUAAUAGAUGCUGUGGUGAAGGCAGAACGCGUCUGUAGUUUUGUCAAGUGUAAAACGUUGGUAAUUCAUCUGGGACAACUCUGUCUGUUCUGCAACAGACAAUACUGCCUCGGUCACCACAUACCUGAGGUCCAUGGGUGUGGAGACCAAGCCAGGGCCAAUGCCAGGAUGAGGAUCAGUAAAGAAGGGGUUCUGUAUGCUGGUAGUGGACACAAGGACAAGUCUGUAGAUCCUAACAAGAAGGCCUAUCUACACAGGAAGCUGGACUCCAAACUCAAAGACAUGGAAAAGCAACGGAAGACCAAACCCAAAGAGAGUGACAAUAAUUGACCUUUGACCCUUUUAAUUCCAGUUUGUCAGUGACUGUAAGCUCUGAGGAAUGACCCUUUGUGGACUGAAUAGAUAUAAUUAUUAAACAGAUUACUGCUAAAUUAUUU